UAAUUUUUAUAAAAGUAAAAAUGGCCUUCAGAAAAUUGCACCUCGAUACAAACUAUGUGAUCAUGAAAAGUUUCCAUUUAAACUCGAAGUAAACAUUUCCAAGUCGCAGUCGUCAUUUGAUCCUAUUGCAGUUCAGUCUGAAAAUCAAAUAUUUCAUUUCCGGCAAUGUUUUUUUCGAGACAAUCGCAGUGUUGGAUUUUGUACUUCAUAUAUGUUUUUUUCUGGUGCACCAUCUGUGAUGAGCGAGAACAAAGUCCAACGGUCUAUGGCAGACGUGGAAAUCGUACCGGACGUCAUCCCCAUCGCCCCGGAGAUAAUGUUACAAGUUGAGUUUCCGAGUGGCGUGAAAGCGGAACUCGGCAACGAACUCACGCCCACGCAGGUGAAAGACCAACCUACAAUCAGAUGGGACGCUGAUCCGGAUUCGUUCUACACGUUAUGCAUGACCGAUCCCGAUUGCCCGAGCCGUACCGAAUCGCAAGCAAGGGAAUUCCAUCACUGGCUGGUGGGAAACAUACCCGGCUCAGACAUCAGCCACGGAGAGACGCUCACGGCUUUCGUCGGUUCCGGACCUCCGCUGUCAACGGGAAUCCAUCGGUACACGAUUUUGGUAUACAAACAACCGUCGAAACUCAUGUUUAACGAGGAGCGUAUAAACAACAGAACUGCCAUAAGACGAGAAUUGUUUUCAACCAAUAAAUUUGCGUUGAAAUACAAUUUAGGAACGCCGAUCGCUGGUAAUUUCUAUCAAGCUCAAUACGAUGAUUAUGUGCCAACUGUACAUAAACAAUUGGGAAUCGUUAUUGACACUAUGCUAAAGAAAUUACGGAAUUAAAAACAAUUUAUUAAUUGGCUUAAAAAAAUCAUAUAAUUUCCCGUGGCUGUCGCAGUGGGUCUUCAGCACUCAUAGUUCAGUCGUCUGAUUCGAUAAGACGGUUCUAGUCAAUGCGUUGUACAUCGUAUACAAGAAGAACA